GAAAAGUAUCCAUUAAUAAAAUUGAUAGCUGAAAGCAUAUAUAAAUGAAGUUUUCGAAGAAUAGAGACUUCAGUCAACCUGGAAGAACGACGAGCAAAAUGAACUUACGGAUAUUUCGCGGGAUCUUAGUGAUCUUUGUGGCUGUUCAAAUAAAGAAAGCCAGAAGUGAAGAAUAUGAUACGAGUAAAAUUUUUACUAACAACUUGUCCCUUUGCGAUGGUGUGGCCGAUAAAGUAUUUCUACCCUAUAUAGGAGAUUGUCAAAAGUAUUAUCUAUGCUGGGAUGGAAAAGAUUAUGAAAAGAAAUGUGACGAUGGAUAUUAUUUCAAUGCGUAUAAUCAGAGUUGCAGCCGCAAAUCUGACAAUUGUCCACCCAAAUGUGAACUUAAUAAAUUAACAACAUUUAGCUAUAGUCGAACGUGCAAUAAAUAUGUUCUCUGUUAUUAUGAAAUCCCGGUGCUGAGAACAUGCCACGAUAAUUUGCAGUACAAUCCGAAGACGGAUCGUUGUGAUUUCGCCCAAUAUGUGGACUGUGUGGAUAACGAAUGCUCGAGAUUCGAUGAAGCCAAUGAACUGAGCUAUUUGCCCAGCAAAGCAUCCUGUGACAAAUAUUACUUGUGUGCCAAGGGCGUACCCGUAAACUACACUUGCACGGCAGGAUUACAUUUCAGCACAAAAUGCAAUUGUUGUGACUACCCGGAAAAAUCGAAUUGCCAAAUUACUGCAAUUAAUCGCAAUAUUCAGCCGUUUUCUCGCACACCAUUGAAGAAAGUCGACAGCUUGUGUCCAGCUAGUGGAGUUCAUUUCUUGGCCCACAAUCAGCGUCGGGAUGCCUACAACUAUUGCGUAGAUGGUCAUGGUAUUACCCUGGAUUGCACACCGGGGUUGUGGUAUGAUGCAAAGGUUCAAGAGUGCCGAGAACCCAAAUAUAUUGAGGACCAAUCAUCAGCUACCAAAAUUUGCGUUGUCUUCGGUAAAAAACUGAAAUUAUCUGAUUGGAGUUUUCUGGAUGACAAGCGCAGAGUCAGCUUGCAAAUUGGAAAGAUAAAAGUGAAGUUAUUGUUGCCCCUUUAUGGAUUGCUCCUAUGCGGUUUGGUCCAGUGUUCAGUGGGCCAAACAGUUGCAACAUCAACAACAAAAUCACCACCGGAUUUGGUGGCACCAAUAGAGGAAGAUGAAGAGGAGAUUGCGGAUGAAUUAGUUGCAGAAGUUGCAAAAUAUGGUGUAGUUCUGAAUGGCGUCGAUUUGUGCGGAAAUAUUGCAACCAAAACUUUUCUACCAUUUGUCGGCAAUAAACACUAUUAUAUUAAUUGCAAAAAUCAGAAAAUUUCUUCUGUUGGCAAUUGUAAUAUCGCGUCAAUAAGGGAGGAACAUUGCGAGGGUAUAACAGAUUGCUCAAUCGUAUUCGAUUACAAGUUGCAAAUAUGCACCACAAAUGAUACUGUGGAUAAGAUGACAUUUAUGAAAGAAUGCGAACCAAAAGUAUUGUCAAGUUUUUGCUAUGAUCGCACCUGCACAAAAUACGUUCUAUGUUUUUACAACACGCCAGUGUUGAGGGAAUGCCAGGAUGGCUUACAGUACAAUUCGAAGACAGACCGUUGUGAUUUUCCUGAAUUUGUGGACUGUGUGGAAAACAAAUGCUCGCAAGAAGAAACCCCUUAUAAUAUUACAUAUGUGGCCAGCAAGGCUAGCUGUGAGAAAUACUUCAUUUGCGCCAAUGGCCAAGCCAAUGAACAAGAAUGCUCAAGUGGAUUGUACUUUGAUGAUACUUGCCCGUGUUGCAAGGUCAAGGAUCAAGUUGACUGCACGUUGCAAUCUGCUCAACAACGGAACAUAAAGCCCUUCUCUCGAUCGCCGCCACAACGUGCUGAUAUUAUUUGUCCGCCGCAAGGAGUUCACUUCUAUGCUCACAAGAGACGCCGCGAUGCCUAUUACUAUUGCGUACAAGGUAAUGGUAUUACAUUGGAUUGCACGCCAGGUCUGCUGUACGACGUCAAGACUCGCGAAUGCCGUGAACCCAAAUACAUUGCCUAACUUACCGAGCACUCUAACUUAAUAAAAACAUUUA